UCGUCGCGUCGCCCGGUGCGCACGUCGCGGCGGCCGCGGCACGUCGUCCGACUCGCGGCGUGUCCUCUCGCGACUCUCUCCGCUCCGAAUCGUCGCCUCGUUGAGCGUCGGCGUGUGCUUAGCGUGCCUCCGGGCACACCGGCGGCUUAGCUGCACUCAUCGAAAGCGAGUUGUUGUUUGGGCGACGCGGCGGCGACCGUUCCAGGAAGUGGACGCUCAGCAGAUAUUCUGUCACCGCCGACUUCCUCGAUGAGUGUGGCGGUCAUCGCGGCGUCAUCUGGAGCGCUGUGCCUGGCUGUGCCCGCGGCCGCGCUGCCCGUGACGCGCAGUGACGCGCUGGAGUGAUGCUCACCGUGUUCGCCUCCGCCUCGUGUUUACACCUUGUCGCCGCGCUCGCGCCGUUCGCGCCGUUCGCGCCUCCAGCACCGGUGCCCGGCCGCUAUUUUUAACCCUGCGCAUUUUACUUGAGCGCGGCAAAAAACACGCACCGGUUCUAAAAACAUAGCUGCCUCUCGUCCCAGGGCCGACUCGACUUGACACACGCAUAAAGAUAGGCGGGGAAAAGGAAGAGGGCUGCUGGACCACCAUGGCCACCACGGCGCCGCGCGGAGGGCGCCCCGCCGCCGCCCUGCUGGUGCUGCUCGCGGUGUGCUGCACGUCGGAGUCGGCGCGCGUCGGCUAUGAGUCGCUGUCGCUGCCGCGGGUCAAGCCUGCGGACUUGAACGCCAGCGCGGCGUUCGGCCGCGACACCGUGGCGCGCCUGGCGCGGCUGGAGUCGUCCCUCGAGGGCGCCGGCGUGCACAUGCGCCUCGGCACCUCCAUCCACGGCCAGUUCAUCGAGUCCAUGCCGGAGCAGCGCGCGCUGGAGCAGGGCAGGGAGGCCCUGGCCGCCGUCAAGGCCGCCCUCUACCUGUCGCAGCAUCACUGUCAGAGGUACGGCGUGGACCAGCUCAAGUGCGCGCGCUGGCUGAGCAGCCAGAAGCUGGGCUCCACGCCGCUGGGCGCGGCGUGCUCCGAGGCGCGCGCCCCGCCCGACGCGCACUGCCCGGAGCAGGCCAAGUACCGCAGCCUGGACGGCUCCUGCAACCACGUCGACCGCACGGCGUGGACCUGGGGCCAGGCCUUCAGCUCCUACCGCCGACUGCUGUUCCCCGAGUACCAGGACGGCAUCCACCUGCCGCGCGGCCCCAAGAAGGGCAUCGCGCUGCCCUCGGCCCGCCAGGUGUCCGUGGCCAUCGCCAGGGACAGGGACCUCCCGGACCGCUCGCUCACGCUGGCCAUGAUGCAGUGGACCCAGUUCGUGGAGCACGACCUGUCGCACACGCCCACGUCCAAGAUGAUGAACACGGGCACGCCGCUGACGUGCUGCCGGCCGGACUCGACGCCGCUGCAGCCGCGCCACGCGCACCCGCUGUGCCAGCCCAUCGUCAUCCCCCAGCAGGACCCCUUCUACGCGCCGCACCGCGCGCGCUGCAUGUCCUACAUCCGCUCCCUGCACGCCUUCCGGCCGGACUGCAGCUUCGGCCCCGCGGAGCAGAUGAACCAGGCGUCGCACUUCCUGGACGGGUCGCAGCUGUACGGCACGUCGGUGCGCAGGGACCGGUCGCUGCGUCUGUUCGCGCGCGGCAAGCUCCUCCUCGCCAACCAGAACGGCCACGGCAGGCCGUACCUGCCGCCCGCCGACGAGCCGCGCGACCGCUGCCAAGUCAGCUCCGCCUCGGCGGCCUGCUACAAGUCGGGUGACGUCCGCGCCAACACCCACCCCCACCUGACCGCCAUGCACACGCUGUGGGCGCGCGAACACAACCGGGUGGCCGAGGAGCUGUCCGAGCUGAACCCGCAGUGGGACGACGAGACCGUGUUCCAGGAGGCGCGGCGCGUCGUCAUCGCCGAGAUGCAGCACAUCACCUACGACCAGUGGAUGCCCAGCUUGCUGGGAGCGCGGUUCGCCCAGAAGGUUGGCCUGAUGGCCGGCAGCGGCGCGCUGCUCAACUCCUUCCGCGAGAGCGAGGACCCCAGCGUGAGCAACGCGUUCGCCACGGCGGGGCUCAAGUUCGGGCUGUCCAUGAUGCAGGGCAGGAUACAGCUGUACGACGAGAAGCGGCACGCCAACGCGUCGCUGCUGCUGCGGGACCACUUCAACAAGCCCAACGUCCUGGAGAGCACCGCGGCGCUGGACGGCCUGGUGCGCGGCCUGGCCACGCAGUCCAGCCAGCAGGUGGACGUCUUCCUGGUCGAGGAUCUCACCAACAUGAUGUUCCGCGACUCGAGCGACCGGGGCGUGGACGCGCUCAGCCUGGCCAUCCAGCGGGGCCGCGACCACGGCCUGCCCGGCUACAACCAGUACCGCAAGCUGUGCGGCCUGCCCGCCGCCGCCUCCUUCGACGAGUUCGCCGACGUGAUGCCGAGACAGACGGCGCAGCGGCUCAGCACGGUGUACGCGCACCCCGACGACGUGGACGUGCUGGUGGGCGGCAUGGCGGAGCUGCCCUGGGACGGCGCGCUGGUGGGGCCCACGCUGCGCUACAUCAUCAGCGAGCAGCUGCUGCGCACGCGGCGCGCCGACCGCUACUUCUACGACAACGCGGACCAGCCCUACCCCUUCAGCCCGGAGCAGCUCCGCGAGAUCCGCAAGGCGUCCCUGGCGCGCAUCUUCUGCGACGACGCCAACGAGGUCGCCACCAUGCAGCCCCAGGCCUUCGCCGUGCCCUCGCCAGGCAACCGACUGACAUCCUGCGCCAACGAGGACGCCAUCCCCCGAGUGGACCUGACCGUGUGGCGGGAGAACACCGUCUAGUGCACGGCGGACGAAGGACGCCGUCACGACGCGCCCCUCUCGCCACCAUCACGGGGCCGUGGAGCCCAAGGCCGCGAAGGACGCGGGGGCGCCCCGUACUUGUACUUACAGCCCAGUGAAGUCUCAGCACCGCGUGCGCCACGUGGCCCACGCUCUCGCCGCGGCACGCUGCGCGAGGGAAGCACGUGGGCCAGUCCUCGCCGAGCCACUGAUAGGCAUGCCGAGACACUCCUAGUAUUAAGCGACUGGCAUGCCUCCCGAGGCCGGCGGUGUCCUCCGCCACUGGAAGUCGGAAGUGCGUUCGAUGCCCAGCGAGCGCGCGCGACAUUGUGCCGCAACUGCCGGCCGGUGUUUCCGGAAUGUGAUGUGUGGUCGUCGUCUCGCCGCUUGGUUGGACCGACCGCGGGCCGGGCCGGCCGGGUCGGCCGGGCCGAGCAACAUCCCUCAGGACCCUCAAGUUGACGCCGUGUGAGGCCUUUACAGUAGACAGUAUACAGCGACUGUAGCAGACUGACGCCUCUGUGGCACACAUGCAUACUACACCCCAUAGAUUUAUGUAUAUUAUUUUAUACCAUGUUAUUUAUACGUAUUAUUCCCUAGGAACAACGAGAUAGUACAAAUAUAGGAGAUAUAUUUACCUGAAAUAAAUUAAUUGUUUCACCAUCAAA